AUGCCCCUCCUCAAAGAGAUCCUACGUGAUGUCUCCGGUGAGCUGGCCGGAAAUCCGGAUGAGUGUAAAGCACUCGUUUUCAACCUGCUUACAGAGAGCUCUGCGAACCCCGAUGCGCUGCAGGAGGAACUGCUUUGCUUACUUGGAUACAGCAACAUAGAUGUGAUAGGUAGUUUAUUAACAAACAGGCAUCAGAUAUUGAGGGAGGAGCUCAACCUUACAGAAAAAGAGUAUCUAGAUGCACUGACUGCAGAUGUGGAUGGCUCUGAUGAUGCAUAUGCGAACAUGUCCGACGCGGAGCGGCUUGUCCUCUUCAUUAUGGAGAACACUGGACUUACAGAACACAUUUCCACCCAUCUUCUACAGCUGCAUGAUUGGGAUCCCUUGGUGGCUCUAGAUGACUACACUGCCAGGACUGUAGACCAAAGUGAUUGGAGCGAGCAAAGCGUGGAGCACUCUGAUACCUCUACAGAAACCUCAGCAGACCUCCAAGACAAUUGGGUAAUAGCUAACAAAUCUUUUCAGCCAUAUGAUAGAAAGUUUUGUGCCCCAUACUCCUUUGCAGAGCCUGAUAAGCGACUAUAUGCUCUUAGCCCAGUUAUUACGACAAAGGUCGUUGGCAAAAAAGAGUCUGAUCUCCAUUAUAUGCGAGUCUCGGAGGCAGAAGAGCACGUUAGGCGCACCAUAAAUCAACUGAUAGACAAACUGGCUAAGCGGUCUGAUAAGGAUCGCUGCAUUUACUAUUACCACAUAAUCACUGGCAGAGGCCUGCACUCUUCAUCUGGCCCGGCCAUAAAGAAUGCAAUCACUACUAUGCUUUCUCAAAACGGAAUACGUUACCGCAUCAACAAUACCAACGGGGGAGGGAGCAUCAACGCCACGAUAACAGGGUCCACACAUUAUCUUUGA